GAUCUCGCAGGUCCGCUCUCUUUGUCCGAUGACUUACUGCGUUUCGCAAAGGUAUACCUUCCUACCUGCUACAACGGCGACAUAAACCGUAACCGUAUAUUAUCAUAUUUUAUUCGUCAUUAAAGAAGUGGUUAACACGGUCAGUGGUCACGUUAUGUUCGACAGUAUCGUUUCUUCUCUUAUAAUAUAAUAUUAUUCCGGUGUAUUAUUCCUAAAAGUUUUCGAUUUAAUUUUGUUUCAUUUAAAAUUUUCUUUCUUUACGACUCAAUUAUUUAGACGACCAGACUGUCCUAUACCUACGUUAAGUAUAUGGAUUUUCUGGAGUCCUCCGACCUCCGGAUCGUUUGAGUUUUUUUUUGUUUAGAAACCAAACAGAAAACCACAGCCAAUCAUGGGAGGACAAUCCACCAAAAUUCAAAAUAAAGUUAUGGAGGUUAAGCCGCCUAGUAACCAUAAAAUGCGUAUUGUCACAUUGGAAGAUGGUCAUUUUCAAAAUGAAACAUUAUAUAGACUAAAAAAAGGAUGGUAUUUAGAAUUUCGGCUGGGUCCAUCACUUUUUGGACAUGAUAUUGUCAUUUACACUAAUAUACCAGCAGAAGGAUCUGAAUUUGAUAGAAAAACUUAUCGUCGCCUUGAUUGGAUUAGAGAGUGGUCAAGUGAUGAUAUAACUAUUGAUGAUUCAUCAUUGUCUUGUCUUAUCCAAAUGAAUAAUGCUGGUUCUUUUCAUUAUUUCUAUGACCAUAAUGGAAAAAGGAAAGGAAGUGGUUAUAUUAAUGUUGACCCAAAUUUGGUUGCUGGAGAUAAAGAUAUACCUUUAGAAUCACUGCAAACUGUAUCUGUUUUAACAAAAUGUUUAGGUCCAUUUUCUUCAUGGAAAUCUAAGUUACAAGUCGCGAAAGAGUGUGGAUACAACAUGGUGCAUUUUACACCCAUUCAAGAGCUUGGAGGUUCAAAGUCAUCUUACAGUUUACGAAAUCAAUUGGAGCUAAAUCCAUCUUUCAAUUAUUCUGAUCAUCAAGUUAUGUUUGAUGACGUUAAGUCUUUGACUGAUGAAAUGAAAACAGAAUGGAAUGUAUUAAGUAUUUGUGAUAUAGUAUUGAAUCAUACAGCCAACGAUAGUCCAUGGCUAUUGAAACAUCCUGAAUGUGCUUAUAACUUGGUUAAUUGCCCCUAUCUAAAACCAGCUUAUUUGUUAGAUUACACGCUUUAUCACUUUACCGUAGAAGUUUCUAAAGGCAUAUGGGAAUUUUUUGGAAUUCCUACGAUAGUCAACAGUGAAGAUCAUCUUGCAUCCAUACGACAUGCAUUGUUAACAACAGUAUUACCAAAAGUAAAAAUUCAUGAGCUGUUUCAAUUAAAUAUUGACAAAAUUGUAGCAGAAUUUCAAGAAACAGUCCGUGCUGGUCUUCCUCCAGUUGCUAAAAAUCCAGAAUCUGAUGACGAAUUAACAAUAAUACCUGAUCCAGAAUUUGGCAGAUUAACAGCUACAAUUGAUAUGAAUAAAGCAUUGAAACUUUACAAUAUAUAUAGAAACAAUUGUUUUGAUGAAGAUACUAGGCUACGUCGUUGUAGUUUAGAAUUUAAAUUAAAAUUGGAAACUUUGAACAAUGUAGUGUUCAAUGAAGUUCAAGGACAUUUAAUAGCUGCUGUAGAUAAUAGUAUUUCUGGCAUAAGAUAUUUUAGAGUUCAACCAGAUGGUCCUAAAUUAACUAAAGUUUCUAUUACUAAUCCUCUUGUACCAAGGUAUUUUACAGACUACGAAGGUGAAACUGCUGAAGAAGUAUUGCAUUCUUCAAAUGGACAAUUUGUAAUGGCGCACAAUGGAUGGGUAAUGGGUGGUGAUCCGCUUAAAAAUUUUGCCGGACCCGACUCUAAUACUUAUUUGCGUAGAGAAUUAAUUGCCUGGGGAGACAGUGUUAAAUUAAGAUAUGGAAAUGAACCUAAAGAUUGUCCAUUUUUAUGGAACCAUAUGCAGAGUUAUGUGGAGCAAACAGCUAAAAUUUUUGAUGGUGUUAGAUUAGAUAAUUGCCACUCAACGCCAUUGCAUGUUGCUGAAUAUUUGCUUGAUGCUGCUCGAAAAGUUAAACCAGAUUUAUAUGUUGUAGCAGAGUUAUUUACAAAUUCAGAUUCUACCGACAAUAUAUUUGUUAAUAGACUAGGAAUUACAUCACUUAUUCGUGAAGCAAUGUCUGCAUGGGAUUCACAUGAACUUGGACGCUUAGUUCACCGUUAUGGCGGCGAACCAGUCGGUGGAUUUUUUAAACCAUUAGAACAACCAGUAACUCCUACUGUUGCUCAUGCUCUUUUUAUGGAUCAAACUCAUGAUAAUCCAUCUCCGAUUGAGAAACAUUCAGUUUACAAUUUGUUGCCUAGUGCAGCUUUAGUAUCUAUGGCGUGUUGUGCUAGUGGAAGCAAUAUGGGUUAUGAUCAACUAGUUCCUCAUCAUAUACAUGUUGUUGAAGAGGAAAGACAAUAUAUGGAAUGGUCAGCUAAUGAAAUUAAUACUACUACAGGGAUAAUAGCAGGAAAGAAAGCAUUAAAUGCACUUCACUAUGAUCUGGGAAAAGGUGGUUUUGAUCAAGUUUAUGUGGAUCAAAUUGAUACUGAUAUUGUUUGUGUGACACGUCAUAAUAGUAAAACUCAUGAGAGUGUUGUACUUAUGUCAUAUACAUCUUUUUCAACUCCAUCCAACCAAAAUGGUUUAGGAAAAGGGAUUACUGUAACUGGAAGAGUUGAUAAUGUACUAAUUGAAACUUCAUUGCAACAUAUGAUAUUAGACAAUUCUAAAGAAUUUAAAAAAGAUGAAAAUAAGAUCAAUGGCCUAGAUGAUUAUGUAUUAAGCUUAAGACAAAAUGUCAAUACCCAAGAAUGUUUAAUGUUAGAUAUUAUACCUUCAGCUGAUAAAUUUACUGUUAGAUUAAAUUUUACUGCAAAAUUUAAACCUGGUUGUGUAGUAGCAGUUGCUAUUUCCCCAGUAGAGAAAACAAAAAUAGCUGUUGAACAGUUGUUAUCUGAUAUUGAUUUGGUACAAGCAGUGAGUCGUUUAUCUCUAUCCGACAUGAAUUAUAUUUUGUUCAGAUGUCCUGAAGAAGAUGAAGGAAAUGUUUAUGAUGUACCAGGAUUUGGUAAAUUAGUGUAUUGCGGAAUCCAAGGAUUUAUGUCAGUUUUAGACACAGUGGCUUCAAAUAAUGAUUUAGGUCACCCACUGUGUGAAAAUCUCCGAAAUGGAUUUUGGAUUAUAGAUUACAUAUGUGGACGCUUAAAACGUAAAGAAUUUGAAAACUGUCCAUUGUAUCAAUUUGGAGACUUUUUAGAAAGAUAUUUACAGCCUAUUAGGAACUUGCCAUCAUAUUUAGUACCCUGUUAUUUUGAAUUUUCCUUGAGAAAAGUAUUCAAUGCUUUGUUGAACCGAACAUGGUCAAUGAUGCCUGGAGAUAUUAAAAACGGUUCUACAUUUUGUAAACAUUUGGCUCUUGCUUCAAUUCAAUUUGCUGGAAUAGUUAAAUCUAGUCCUCUUCCAACUCUUUCACCAAACCUUUUAGCACCUUUACUCAAAAUACAAAUAUCACCUGAUGGAUUAUAUCAUCCUGAGUGUAUAACACUUGCAGCUGGAUUACCACAUUUUUCUAGUGGUUAUAUGCGAAAUUGGGGCAGAGAUACUUUCAUUUCAUUGAAAGGAUUAUUGCUGAUUACUGGCCGCUAUGAAGAAGCCAAGUACAUUAUUUUAGGAUUUGGUGGUUGUUUGAGACAUGGUCUUAUUCCAAAUCUAUUAGAUGGAGGCAAGAACCCACGUUACAAUUGUCGUGAUGCUGUUUGGUGGUGGUUGUAUGUAAUACAGCAGUAUGUUACAAUGGUACCUGGAGGUAUAAGUAUUUUGGAUGAUCCAGUUAAUAGAAUUUUUCCAAAUGAUGAUUCUGAACCCACAUCAGUUGAACAACCAUUAUAUGAAGUAAUUCAAGAGGUUAUGUCAAAACAUUUCCAAGGAUUAUGUUUUCGUGAACGUAAUGCUGGAACAUCUAUUGAUGCCCAUAUGAAAAGUGCAGGCUUUGAUAACCAAAUUGGAGUACAACCUUUAACUGGCUUUGUAUUUGGUGGUAAUGAGUGGAAUUGUGGUACUUGGAUGGAUAAAAUGGGUUCUUCAGAUAAAGCUGGUAACCGAGGACGACCUGCUACUCCUCGAGAUGGAUCUGCUAUAGAGUUGGUAGCGUUGUCAAAGUCAACUGUAGCAUGGUUAGCUACAUUGAAAAAAGCUCAGCAGUUUAAGUAUUCAGGAGUUACCCGUACUAAUAAGGAUGGAUCAGUAACUACAUGGACAUAUAAAGAAUGGAAUGAAAAAAUUCAAAAAAACUUUGAAACCUACUUCUGGAUACCUGAAGAGAAAUUUAAUCAAAAGCAAUUUGAACCUCAUCCAGAACUUAUUAAUCGAAGAUGUAUUUAUAAGGAUACAGUCGGUGCAACAAAUAAAUGGGGAGACUACCAAUUGCGAUGCAAUUAUGUUGUAGCAAUGGCAAUUGCACCAGAGUUGUUUAACCCAGAUCAUGCUAGAAAAGCUUUACAAGUAGUAACAGAUGUACUUUUAGGACCACUUGGUAUGAAAACUCUAGAUCCAUCAGAUUGGGCGUAUAACGGCUUUUACGAUAAUGAUAACAAUACUACUGAUUUAAAUGUAGCCAAUGGUUUCAAUUAUCACCAAGGACCAGAGUGGUUAUGGCCUGUUGGUUUCUUUUUAAAAGCUAAGUUAAUAUUUUCCUCAAAUAAACGAGAAACUAUAUCUGAAAUUCAAGGUAUAUUAUCUAAACAUUUUGAACAUAUAAAAACAUCAGUUUGGAGAGGCCUACCUGAAUUAACCAAUAAAGAUGGAGCCUUUUGUGCUGGAUCAUGCCCAACUCAAGCCUGGAGUGUUGCUACAAUUCUUGAGCUUUAUAAUGAAAAAGAAACUAUUCAAGUGCGUCCUGUUCGCACUUAUACGUCAGCAGUAUUGUCAUUGAUCACCAAAAUAUUUUAACCCCAUAUACUAAUAAACUUUAAUGGCUAUAACAAACUCAAAUCAAAUCUAAAUCAAAUUUGUAAAUAUACUAUUUAUUAAUAAUUAUUUUUAUUUAUAUUAAAUGCUAUUACUUAAAUGAAAAUUAUUGUGGAUGUUAAAAAUGUAUAAUUCAAUUAGACUGAUCAGAAUUUUUUUUUUACCAAAUAUAUGUUAUAAAGAAUUUGUUGUUCGUUUUAUAGAACAGAUUAAAUAUUUUUUUAUGUAUACCAUUGUUGAAUUAUUGUGAAAUUUUUAUUUUUUAUUAUUGUAUAACAUUAAUUGAGUAACAAAUACAAACUGUCUAUUAUUUAAAUUUGAAGAUACACUAUCUAGAUGGCUUUUUUUUUAAUCAAUUACUUUAAAUUUUUAGUUUGUUAUAACUGAUUUUUAUGAGUGUUAAUAAAUUAUUAUUUAGUACUAUAGAAUAUAGAUUAAUUUAUUUCACUUGAUAGUUAAACUAUUAAUCGAUAUGUUAACCUGCUAUAACUUCACAGAUAUAUAAAAUAUAAAUUAGGUAUUUAUAUUCUAUAUAUCUGUAUGGUUAUAACUUAUAACUAUUCAAUAUUUUAUUAUUAUUAUUAAAAUAAUUAAAAAUAGUAAUAAAAUAUUUUUCGGUGAAUUGUUUAAUCUAUAUACUAUGUAUCGUAAUAAAAAUGAUAAUUUUCAAUAUUAUACUUUCAUUUGAAAUAGUAAUAUCUAAAAAUCAUGCGUGUUAUAACGUAAAGACUAUAUUUUCUUCUUAUUUUAAUCUUUGUAAGUGAUUUUUGAUUUUAUAAAAAAAAAUUUUUAACUUUAUGAUUGUUGAUUACCUACCUACUUAGUACUUUAUAUUUUACUCUUGUUUUGUCAUUUUUAAUUCUAAAUAAAUGUUUAAUAGUUGAAUAUUAUACAAAA